CUGGUGAUUUUUGGCUCUGAUGGCGCUCCGUACUCAAGACUUCUGCAUUGACUCUCAGCGAUGAAAACGCGUCUUCAGCUGUUGCUGUCAUGAUCGGAGACGCCGCGCACAUUUUCCCAGCAGAAGAUGGUUUGUUUGAGGAGACGUUCAGCACGGAAAACACAUACAGAGUACACGGACUGAACGUCACCAUUCAGCAGGAUUACAGCGCGAGCCUGGGCGUCGCUGCGUCAGUCUGGGACUCCGCUCUGCAUUUAUGUCAGUUCUUUGAGAAGGAGUCUCUGGAUCUCAGUGGGACGCGGAUCAUAGAGUUGGGUGGAGGAACAGGACUGGUCGGCAUAGUGGCUGCACGAUUAGGAGCCCAUGUGACCAUCACAGACUUACCUUCUGCUGUUUGUCAGAUAGAGAGGAACAUUGCAGUAAACACGCCGCUCUCAGGAUGGCCCUCAGACGGCCCCAGUGUGUCAGUGCUGACGUGGGGCCUGGACCACAGCCGAUUCUCCUCCAGCUGGGACUUUGUGCUGGGUGCAGAUAUCGUCUAUCUGCCUGAAACCUUCCCUCUUCUCUUGGACACACUGGUUCAUCUGUGCCGGGACGGGGCUGUUGUCUAUCUGGCGUCAACAAUGCGCAGAGAACACGGCACUCAGGACUUCUACGACCGCAUGUUACCGCAGAUGUUCAGCGUGGAGCUCGUGCACAGAGAUCCUGAGAGCAAUAUCAAUAUUUAUAAAGCUACUUCCGCCGUCCAUCCUUCCUCCAAAUUUCUUGUGUAGCGUAUUAGAGUCUAAUUUUAUAUCUGGAGCUGGGAAGUUUGAAUAUUGGGGAGUAACAGAACACAUAUAAUGCCAUUAUGUAUUUAUAAUACAAAAUAUUCCUUUAUAGCUGCUGUUGAAAUCUUUUGAGCCCAAUA